UCCGUCCCUUUUCUCUUCCUCAAAGACCAGGUAGGGGAGAGGGAUGAUCUUCUCCCCACCCCCUUCCCCCAUCACUCCAGGUGGCUCCAAGGUGAAAUCCUGCCACCCUCCCCCUCCUCAUCCUCUUCCUCCUUUAAGAGCCCCUUCCCCACUGACUCAAGAGACAUGUGGUCCUAUUUCAACACAGGCCGAAGGGACAACAGCUCCUCUCUUUUCUCCCCCUCUCACCUGUUCAGCCAGCCCUCCCUCUACCCCCGUGACCGCUCCCUGACUGAGGGCAGACACAGGUACUUGGGCAAGAGGCCCAACGGGCUGGAUGGGUCAGGCAGCAGGACUGCCUCUGCCUCUAGGGUGGCACCCCUCUCAGGAGAGUACAGGAACGAACCCAGCGGCAGUGCCAGGUUGGGCGGCAGCCCCCACGGUUCCCAUGCCAACGGGAGACGGAGACACCAGGAGGUUCCCACAGGGCAUUUCGAGCAGUUUGCAGGUUUCCGAGAUUUCCAAGCGCCACCUCUGGAGGGCCCUGACUCACAUUCCUCUCUGCAGGACAGGGAUCCCCAUGGGACGCCAAAGGCUGGGACCUCCACCCUGAUCCCCACCAGUCCCCAGCCCCAUGGGGCAGAGACCCGGGCAGGGAGAGGGGAGCUGCUGGAUCCCCUGGGGGGCUCUGUGGCGGAGGCUCAUGUCUACUACUCCCUGGCUUCUGUUUACUCCACCCUGCAGCCCAGCCAGCUCAGUACCCAGGCCCAGGCUCAGCGCUACCCGCUGUACAUCCCCUCAGGCAGCUCUCUGUAUGGCCUGCACACCAUGAGGAACUCACAGCACUCAACCCAGAGGCAGCCCAACAGCCACAGCACAGAGAAAGACAGAGAACGAGACAGACAACAAGAACAAGAGCGAGAAAGAGAGCAUGAAGGAGACAGAGACAUCAGAGAGAUAGACAAUAAAAGAGACAGGGAUAAAUACAGCAGAGAGCUCUCUCCUGGGCAGCAGUACUCGCGUCCCCUUGCCUCCCCCUUCCUUCCCCACAUGACUGCCUCCCCCUCUGCCCCCCACCACAUCCCCCCAGCGCUCCUACCUCACUUUGCCAAGGGUUCUCUGAUUGAGCUGGUGGGGGGUGGUUUGAAGCGUGUGGAAGAGCUGAGGACGGAGGACUUCCUGAGGAGUGCUGACACCUCCCCAGAGUUCCACCUGAGCACCUGCACCGUGCUGCUUAUCGCCCCCAGCAACACACACGGCUUCAACCACCUGCAGGUCCUUCUCACAGACAGCAACACUCAGGAGUUACUGACGGUUCUGGUGGAGUACCCGUUCUUCGUGCGUGACCGCGGCUGGUCUUCCUGCUGUCCCCAGAGAACCGCCCAGCUCUACGGCCUGUCCUGCCGCCAGCUCAGCGAGGGAGACAUCUGCUUGGCCCUCACCCCCUUACACACACGCACAGCCCCCCGGGGCCACAGGACACACACCCGGGCCAGGACCAGCACACACAGGGAGGAUAUGCCCCCUCCUCUCCCUCCUCCUCCUCUUCCUCAUCCCUCCCCUGCUCUCGUCCCUCCUCCUCUCCCUCCUCCCCCUGCAGACCCACCCACCCAGGAGCAGCCACACCCACGCAAGAGGCGAUGGUCAGCCCCCGACCUCCUCCCUCCCACCGAAACUACUGGGAUUGACAAGACCACCGAUUUACCUCACGGCUCCAAGCAGAGGAAGUGGCAGUAGAGCGCGAGGCAGGGUUGCAGGGAAGGACAAAGAACAGGCAACUUUAAGGGUGUCCACACUGCUGCCCAAAGCAUGAGCCCAUACCCCUCUUUCUUCAUCCCUCUUUUCCCAUCUCCCAAUCUCUGCUUAACACACCUCAGACAGGGGCAGCAGUCUGAGGGGCAGAGGGGCAGCGGUCUGAGGGGCAGCGGUCUGAGGGGCAGCGGUCUGAGGGGCAGCGGUCUGAGGGGCAGCGGUCUGAGGGGCAGCGGUCUGAGGGGCAGCGGUCUGAGGGGCAGCGGUCUGAGGGGCAGCGGUCUGAGGGGCAGC